AUGAAUUCCAACUUCGACUUCGAUCUGGGUCUCGGAUCGAGCCGACCCAAAUCGCUCAACGACCAGAAGAACAAAACCUCGACGGGGCAAUCCAGACCCGCCUGGCAACCCCAGACCAACAAAACCACCUCCUGGACUCACCAGCCCGCUCCGGCCCAGACGGUCCGACCCGGAUUAACCAACGCCCCAACUUCCAUGGUCGGCGAUAUCUUCGGCAAGAGUUGGGGUUCCACAGCUCCUUCGGUUUCUAGCACCCCGAUUGCGGUCGUCAAUAAAAACCCAAAUUUGUUCGGAGAUUUGGUCAGCUCUGCAAUGGGUGGUAAGAUCAAUAGUAAUAGCAACGUUCCUUUAAAGAAUGCAACCCCAGCUUCGAAUAAGAGCUCGUUUUCCAUGGGAAACGUGGCCGAUUCGUUGCCCAAAACCACCCCUGCCACUGGUAAUGGUUCGGUGAAAAGUGGUGGUGCAAAUUAUGGUGCUUCUGGGAAUUUUGGGAGUUUUUCUACUGGGUUUAAUACUAGUAAUACGAUUAACAAUAGCGUUAAUGCUAAUAGUAAUAAGAGUCCAAACAUCGGAGGUCCUUCGCUGCGAAAUAUGGGCAGUUCCAGUGUUGGUGUUGGUGGAAUCGGCAGUGGAUUGAGCUCUAAGAAAGACCCAUUUGGUUCUUUGGUUGAUCUCGCAUCAAAACCAUCGGCUACUAUAAAUUCAUCGAGUAACAAUAAAAGUAGUGUUCCUAGUGAUGAUGCUUUUGGAGAUUUUCAGAAUGCUCCAAAGCCAAGCACCACCACUGCUACAUUUGCGUCUAGUGGCUUCUCCUCGAAUGAUAACAGUUUUAUGGGGUCAAACUCGGGUUCUGGCUUUGGGGAUUUUGGGAUUUCACCGAACCCAAACCCUGUUCAGUCUACUAGUAGUGAUCCCUUCGACACUUUAUUUGUCCCAUCAUCGAGUUCAGCUGGAGGUGCUGCAACAGCAAAUAAUGGAGUUGGAGUGCAGCAAUCCUCUGACAUUGAUGACUGGGGGACAGAGUUUGGAGGAGGACAUGAUGUGGGUGGUUCGACAACUGAGCUUGAGGGUCUUCCACCUCCUCCUGCUGGGGUGUCAGCUUCAGCAGCAAAGAACAAGGGAAUGGAUAAUUACAAGCAAGGGCAGUAUCCUGAUGCUAUUAAGUGGCUUUCUUGGGCUGUAGUUCUUCUUGAGAAAUCAGCUGAUAGCUCUGCUGUUGCAGAGGUCUUGUCAAGCAGGGCUUCAUGUUACAAAGAAGUAGGAGAGUAUAAAAAGGCCGUGGCAGACUGCACAAAGGUUCUAGAACAAGAUGAUGCAAACAUAUCUGUUCUCGUACAGCGUGCACUCUUGUAUGAAAGUAUGGAAAAGUACAGACUUGGGGCAGAGGAUCUGAGGACAGUUCUGAAGUUUGAUCCUAGUAACAGGGUUGCAAGAAGCACCAUUCACCGCUUGACACAAAUGGCAGACUAG